CGUGGUUUGGGCUUUUUGGUAUGUUUCUCUUUCUUAACAACUUCGGGCUCACUUCCCAUCACUGUGAAUAUGAAAACGACGCACAUCCAGUUCUCCUUCAAAUUCUGGUGCAUACGGAUCUCGGUCACCAUGAUUCCAGUGCUCGGGGAGACCCUCAUAUGGAUUCCAUCGGUCUUGGUGCGUGCCACUGAGUCAUAUAUAACAGAUUGUAACUAGCAGGUGCCUGUCGAGAGUGACAGGUCAUUGUAAAGACUCACUGCUGCCGCGCCCACUACCGC